AUGCUUUUAUAUGUACAGAAAAAGAAAAUGGAAAUUAAGAAGCCUGACUUAUCUAAUUUUAUUGGAUUUCCAAAAAGUGUUUCAGAAAUAAUUUACGAUUGUAUGGAUUAUCACCAAAGAUCAAUUAAAUUAUAUUCUACAAAAUCGGCGAGUUCUACCUAUUAUGCGACCAAUAGUAUGCAUGAAAACACUGUUAUGAUUCAUGGUGAUACAUUUCAAAUUAAUUAUUUAAAUGAAACAUAUUCCAGACUACUUAAUUCUAAUUGUCCAAUAUUACGAAGUCAAUCAACAGUUGCACAUAUAAGUAUGGCAGUGGCUUCAGUAACAAUGUUCGCUCAUUUUAUCAUGGUGAUUUUUGUAAAUAAAGGUUUGAGAAGACUUUAUGGUAAUUGUUUAUCACUUAUCAUUUUAUUCAAUUCAUUACAUAGUGGAGUUUUAUUUUUUAGUGCAUACAUCCCGUCGACAAUUGGCUUCAAUUUAACUGAUACGAAAGUAACUUAUUUUAUUAAAGAAAAUAUGUUUUUUAACUGCUGGUUUAUGGAUAUGCUAACACAUUAUCUCAUUCUCUCAAUAUAUCUUGGGAUAUUUUUCGGUCUGAUUGAACGUUAUUUACACUUGAAACGAUGCCGCAAGCAUUCAUGUAUUAAAAAACAAACAUGGAAUUUCAAAUCAUUUCAUUUUUUGGGGAAAAAUGCAAAACAUCCAGUUAAGUCUAAGCAAAAAGUAAAAUACAAUGAUUGGUUUACUGAACCAUACACAAUAACCGGUAUACCAAAGGGUAAUAUUGUAGAACAUCUUCAGUAUGCUACAACACAACCAGAAAAUAAAUUCAAAACAGUUAAAACGUUUGAACACAUUGGUAAAGGUGGAGAAAGAAAAACGAGAUUCAUAGCACUGAAAAAUGGAUAUUCAAGACAUCCGAGCAACAUGCUUCCACGUGUCAUUAAAAGUGAUAUUAAUAUGUAUGAUAAUCUGAUGUGGAAUCUUAUUGUAAUAUUUAGUGUUAUCUGUUUACCAAUUUUCCCAGUAACUUACGGAAUUUGGGCAUCAUAUUAUUUAGAUUUGAAUAAUGCAUGGAAUCCUGCUUAUGGAAUUAUUACUUGCGGUAAUCUAGGUAGUUGUUUAACUGCUCAUCAAUGGUUAAUGCAUAUACCAGUUGCUUUUCUAUGCUUUGGGACUAUUAUUCUUAUUAUUUUAAUAUCAGUUAAAACGGAUACAAAUUGUCUAAUACAGAAUCAAUUUUCAUCACAAUCAUUAGAUGUGAAAGCACGUUUUCGAAUGCUUAGUAAAAUAGCAAUAAGUCAUACUUUCUUAUGGAUUAUUGCAUUCAUAUCAAAUUAUAUAUGUCAUGCUAUUAUAUGGCAAUUCUAUGGAAUUUUUGUAGCUUUACAAAGUCUUUAUAUCAUUGUUAGUUUUACAUUUUCACGACCAUUCUUAGAAGUAUUAUUUAAACGUGAUGAUCCAUUGGGACGUUUAAAAUUAGAUAAUUUAGCUAUGCAAUUACCUUUGGGUGUAUUUCACAGUCAUAGAUCAAUUCCAACAUUGUCAAAUGUAGGUAGCUAA